AUGGAUGAAAACACAGGCAUGCCAGAGAGAUUAGUAGAAUUUAAGUAUGAUUUCACCGGCGGCGGCGGUAGCGGAGUUGGUGGCAGCACCGGUGGUUCAAGUGAGGAAGCUGGUAACGGCGUUGGCGGAGUCGUAAAAGAGCAAGAUCGGUUACUUCCAAUAGCAAAUGUGGGGAGGAUCAUGAAGCAAAUUCUACCUCCAAAUGCCAAAAUCUCCAAAGAAGCCAAAGAAACUAUGCAAGAAUGCGUGUCAGAGUUCAUCAGUUUCGUGACGGGCGAGGCGUCGGAUAAGUGUCAUAAGGAGAAGAGGAAGACUGUUAAUGGUGAUGAUAUUUGCUGUGCUUUGGCCACACUUGGAUUUGAUGAUUAUGCUGAGCCUUUGAGAAGGUAUUUGGUUAGGUAUAGAGAAAUGGAAGGGGAGAGAGCUCAACAAAAUAAGGGAUGUUGCAAUAAUAAUAAUCAUGAUCCAUGAGAGGAAUAAUUGAAGAAAUAUGUCUCAAGGAUUUGGAAAGGAAAAAGAAAAAAAAUUGAACUUUCCUCUUUUCUUUCUCUCUUUUUUCAAUUAUGUUUCUUUUUUUAGUUUGUUGAAAUGGGAUUUUGAGAUGACAAACAAGAUAAAGCUCAAAUGGGGAAAUGGAGAAAUGGGAUUUGGAGAAGGGGUUUUGUUUUUUCAAUUUAAUUUUCUGACUUGAAAAAAAUAUAAAUAUGUUUUGUGGGUUUUGUUUGUAUUUUUUUUUUUCUUGUUCUUUAGAGAUAAGGGUUUUUGUUGAAUUAACUGUUGGGGAAUGUGUAAAACCAAAAACUUUU